AUGUGCAUGAAGUGCAAGAAAAUUGGCCUCUUUGCACAUGCAUGCCUCUCAAUUUUAUAUAUUUCCCACUCAAUUUUCCAUUAUUUCUUUCUUUCAGUCUGUCAAUGUUUAUAUAAUUUUUUUCUUUCUUUCUUUCUUUACUUAUUUCAGUCUAUCAAUGUUUUUCUUCUUUCCAUUCUAUUUCAAGAUUUUUAUGUUUCUAUUCAUUUUUCCCUCCUCUUCCAUUUUUUCUCACCAUUUAUUUUAUCUUUUCUUUCUACUUUUUCCUUUGGUAACUUUUAUUUUCUUCUACACCAUUUUAUUGUUCUUUGUCACAUUUUUAUCUCAUACUUUGCUUUUACUUUCUACCCCUCAAUAUUCCAUUAUUUCUUUCUUUCUUUCAGUCUGUUAAUGUUUAUAUAUUUUUCUCAUUCUUUCUUUCUUAAUUCAGUCUAUCAAUGUUCAUAUAAUUUCUCUUUUUAUUUUUUCUUUCAUUCCUUCUUUUAG